ACAGCCCCCGAAUGGCCCGUAAAAAGCAAGGCCCCCCGAUAUCCCAGUCAACCAAAUCCCGCUGGAAACUCACCUGGAGGACUUCCCCCAGGAUGAACAAAAUGUAAAAAAAUAAAUAUCCUGGUUAUAAAAUCCCUAGGAUGUUCUCGGUGAGCCACAGGAACAUGACGUAUAUACGCGAUCUUGUGGUAGUUCCUCACCAGUGAUAGUACGUUAGCCACUAAUAAAAAAAGAGUGUGAUCGAUAAUCAGGUGUCAAUUGGAUGAGUUGUGAAGGAUAUCGUGAAUUUUUCUGGAUUAUCUGGUGACAACAUUUGUCGGGACAUUUGACUCUCGAUAUCUGGGGAGUGUGCGUGUCUCGAACAAUCUGCCAUGAUAGGUCGGAAGGCGUCCCCUUCGCGACCCGAAAAAGUCGAUGAAUAAAGCACGAAAUGCGGGAGCUCCUCUCUGAAGAGCAGCACUUUACGUGAGUGUAAGGGUUGCAGAAUGGUGGUGGAUAGUCUUUCAGUUCAGGGGUCGGCAACGACAGUGAGGAAGCACGAGCGUAGACUCGGUGGCAUGGUGGGGAACAAGAUGCAGCCAAACGGUAAUGCCGGUGGUGGUAUGACGCCCAAGGAAUUGUGUGACAAUGAUGAUCUUGCCACUUCACUCGUGCUCGAUCCGUACCUCGGAUUUGUCACUCACAAAAUGAACAUUAGGUAUCGACCGUUGAAGGCGAACAAGGACGAGCUCCGAAAGAUAAUAACGGACUUCAUUCAGACCCAGAAUUACGAGAAAACGUACAAAAAGUUGAUGGGUGGGGACUGGGGUGCGAGACUACCACACACAAAAUCGAAACAGCAGCAAAUAAAUUUACAAGGUCACGUCUAUCGUUAUCUCCGUGUAUUCGACAAGGACUCUGGUUUUGCGAUAGAGCCUUGCUACAGGUACUCACUUGAGGGCCAGAAGGGCGCCAAAAUUUGUGCCACACGCAAAUGGUUGAAGCACGAUAAAAUACCUUGUCUCGUUGGUUGCAUCGCUGAGCUCAGUGAGAAAGAGGAGGCGGCGCUGUUGCAUCCUGGUAAAAAUGAUUUUUCCGUUAUGUUCAGCUGUAGAAAGAACUGUGCACAGCUGUGGCUGGGUCCAGCUGCUUACAUCAAUCACGAUUGUCGUGCCAAUUGUAAAUUCGUGGCAACAGGACGUGAUACAGCAUGUGUCAAAGUUCUCAGGGAUAUUGAGGUGGGUGAGGAGAUAACGUGUUUCUACGGUGAGGAUUUCUUCGGGGAUGGCAAUUGCUUCUGCGAGUGUGAGACGUGCGAGAGGAGAGGCACAGGGGCAUUUGCCAGUCAGAAACCAGGGGACGAGCUGUCAACGGGUUAUCGUCUACGAGAGACUGACAACAGAAUAAACAGAACGAAACAUCGUCAGCAGCCCCCAAGCUCCAACAAACAGGUGGACAGCGCACUGACGGAGAGAAAUGCUGUUCUGGGUAAUGCAGUGGCACCUCAAUCCCUCAGCAUGAAGGAGCUACGUCGUAAGGGACUGACGAAGUAUGAUGCUGAGCUGUUGAUAGCCCAGGGCUGUCGUUUCUCAGAUAUAGCCCAGCAGCAACCCCUGGAUGACAGCUCAGCACCUAGAGCUCAGACUCCCAUGGGUGUCACGAGAAGUCUCAGGAACAAACCUAAGCCCGAGGCCAAUAACAACACUGGUGGCGUUAAAAAUCAGAGCCUCAGGGCCUCGAGACUCCAGAAGAGAACAGAGACGAAACGAACGCGUGCCAGUGUCGAUGAGCGUCCAGCUCCACUGGCCGAUAAUAAUCGUGACACCGAUGUCAGUCAUCACAAGAGCGACUACGACAGGAUAAAUCUCAGGUUCAGUGAUGAGUCCAAGGAGAAUCCUGGGGACUCCAGGAUCGAUGGGAAAAUUCCUCGAAGCUGCUCGGUGCUGGAACGUCCGGAUUUCGAUGAUAUGGAUUCAAUGAAUUCGAAGAGUGAGGUGACGGAUCUGAUCGUCGAGAAGGAGUUGGAGGAGUCGACCUGGAGGGCACCAGCUACAGUGUCUCUAAAUGGAUUGAGUAAGAGGCGAAAGUCGAUGCAGUCCUGUGGGGACUCGAGGGACAUCGAGCACCGGAAAUCACCGGCUCACGGGGAAACACCGAGGAAGUCGAGUUUUGGACAGGAGGGGCAGACGGUAAGUCCUGUGGAGGAGGAAUUGAAUGCUGCCAAGACUGCACCGAACGAGAGCGAAUUCUCCAAGGGUUUCAAUGGGAUGCAUCCGGCCAAGAAGAGUCUGGAAAAGAUGGAGGUCCAGGAGGACUGCACGAGAAUAAUCGAGGAGAAGUGUCUGGAAAUUCGACGAGAGGUCGACGGUAUCCUGGGGAGUGGGGAGAAUUAUGAUGGGAAUUUCAGUGAUAGGUGUGAGAAUGUGGAGGGAAAGGACUCGAGUUCGAAUAAAUCGGAGGACUCCAGGAGUCUGACACUCAAAAGAUCAGAGGAGACUCCAGAGUUGCUCCAGCAGGCGACUCCCAAGUCGAGGAGGAGGAAUAAACGUUGUCGUGGGGGUGUGACGAAGUCCAGGAAGCGAAAACUCAUUGCUGACAUCGAGACAAAUGGUGGGGAGGGUGACAAGGGAAGGGGAAGGGCUGGGAAGGGGAAUGGGAGGUUGACUAGGAGCUCCCGGAGGGAUCAGAAGGUGACGAGUGUUGUGGGGGCUGGGGACGACGACUCGGGGAUUCAGGGGGACAUCUACGAGUUCAAUGAGAAAGAGGGGACCCUCGAGGUGGAGGAAAAAGAAGCUGAUGACAGUGAGAGCAGGUUGCAGGAGUUCAGCAAGCUGGAGGCACCUGUUCUCGUAGCAGAGGAGCCCUGGCCCACGAAAGAGGAAACCAGGCACUCCCGGGAGCCCUCAUUCGAGUCCAUGGAGAAUCAGGACAGCUCGAAUGUCGAGGGUAUUCUUAAAAAACCCCAUCCACCACCUGAGAGCUGUCACUGGCAGGCUGAGACUCGUUGCAGGGAGUGCCCCAUCACCCCCGAACGUCCUGGGGGUCGGUUAAAGCUCACACUGCGCAUGAAACGAUCACCAAUUCUCGAUGAUGUCGUCGAGUCUGGGACUAGUCUCAGUGAGGACAGCUAUGAGCCCGAGUAUGAGGUACUCAGGGUCGAGGGGGUAGAGAGCUCCAGGCGAAAGAAAAAACAUAAAACAAGGGACAGGGAGAGACGACAUAAACGAAGGGAAAUUCAUCUCGAUCCACCACCUCCACCCAUGAAGAGACUUCGGUUGAUCUUUGGGAAUGAAACACAUACCAUUGAUCUACCGCAUUCUUAACGGUUACAGCCUCGAUGGGAAUAAGUCAUCCAUUUCAGGAUUAUUAUUCCUCGAACUUUGUCUGAAUUUUUGCAUUCUUAUCGCCGAUAUUCUUAGAUUGACGUAUGGCAUAGGAAAAUAUUGGGAAAAUGUUUCUUUUAUUAUUUUUUUUAAGAAUUCAGUAAAGAAGUUAUGUGACAAUUUGACAUAAGUUGAACUUGAGAUUUUUCUGAAUUAUUGAUUUGUCUGAAAAGCUAUUGAUUUUGAUAUCGGGGCACUUGAGAACUUUUUUGUGGAUUAUUCCAUUUUUUACAAAAAAGAUCUUUCAGUAGUUUUUUGCAAAAUCAUUUUAUAACAUCAAUGGAUAUUUAACAAAACUUAAUAUUCGAAUUUUGUCAUUUUACAACUUUACUGAAUCAUGUGCCGUUUGUAAUUUGAGAAUAUCUCUGAUCGUGGGAAUGAAACAAAAAUAUGGAGAUAAUGAUUCCGAGGUAAUACGGCAGACGAGGAACGUUUGUUUUUAUAAAUGUUGCAGGUCCAUCUGCAAUUGAAUGGGAAGAAUACUUGAAUUAUACUAUUGUACAAUAGUAUUAAAAUGAAAAUAAAUAACAGCACGAGCUGUUUAGGUAGAAAUUAGUAUUACUUAUGUACUCGAGACAACUGCAGAGGCGAGAAUUCAGGAAAUUUAAUGGUUGAAGGAAACGAUAACUAAAUUGAUUUCUGAUAUCAUUAAUGUUGUACAUAGCGAUAACGAUAAGUAAAGAAAUCAUAAAAACAAUUCUGGACGAUCGUAUUGUGUUGGAAGAUUUUUUCUGAGGUGACGGUAAGGGAAAGACAACAAUUUUUCGAUGACAUUUAAGCAGCUUCGUCAGUUCAUACUUCGGAUUAUCGAUUUUCUCGUAAGUGAAGGUUUAUCGAUGACAUUAUUUGUGGUUUUAAUGAUAUAAAAAUUCAAAGGAAAAUGUAUGGAUUGAAUUGGAGGUGGAAUUUGUGUGAUUUGCACACGUGUUCUGGUCAUUUUGGAUAUUUCAUUUGCUUUUUUCCUACAGAAAGGAAUUCCUACGGUUAAAAAAUCGAUAUAAUGAAAAUUCUACUUCGCUCGUGCAAUAGCAUUACUCCCAUGAACGUAUAAAUAAUUAUAAAUAAAAUUCAGUGAAGUAAUUGAAUGCGAUGUAAAAAGAAUCGUAGAGUUUGGAGGUGAACCUAAACUUUAGAAACUUAGAUUUUUUUCCUGGGAAAUGAUUAUCCAAUUUUUCCCCCUCUAUGAUAUGACGAAAUGAUGAAAAACGUUUGUGAUAUACUAUUACUGUACCACCUAAAAUGUCUUUGUUUCGAUAUUACUCGAGGGAUGGUGUAGCUAUUGAAAUUCACAUUAUUUUUUAUCGCCAAUGGAUUCGCGAUCGGAAGAAGAAUUUAUUCAGUAGAUGAUUAACGAAGUGAGAAGUAUUGCCAUCGGGAUAAGUUUUUGUUUUCCGAUUGUCUGCAAAAACUCAUCUGUGAUAUAAAUAUUCUCAUCGAAUUUCGAUAAUUUAUCACUGAAUCGACUCGAUCUCAAAAUUGGAGCUAAUCUCGUCGGUAAUUCCAUGUUUUGCCAAACUAGUUGCAUAGAAAUUUUUCACUAUCAAAAAUCCAUAAUAAUUACUGACGAGAAAUUCAACUCCUUUCAUUAUUUCAUUUUCACCUUCCACGAGGAAAAGUAAAAUCCGUCUAUCGAGAACAAAACACUUGUUUUUCCGAGGUAAAUUAAUUUUCUCUCACUGCCAUUAGAUGAAUUUUUAAUUGUUAUCGAAUGAAUAUUACGUGUCCAUUUUCAUUCUCACGCUUAGGAGUGUAACGCUCGUUAUUUAAUUUAGAAAUCAUCGACGAGAGCAUUGGGAUUAAUUUUUUUAUGCGCGAUAAAGAGAAUGAAUAAAAAAUAUUAACUCAAAAAAAAAAAUUACCCAGUGAAUGUGUAAUUGCGGGAGGCGCGAGGGAUGCAUCGAUGGCAUGGAAUUUUAAUAAUUUUUAUUUCACGAAGCAUCUACCACCCUUGGGCGAUAACCCAUGGGGUAGUAUUUGUUAUCACGUUAAUCGUUAAUUGCUCGUUUUUAUAUCGUUUCUCUCUUCUUUUUGUACGAUCCCAGCAAACGUAAGCCAGACUAAACUGCAGGUGAAAAAGCGAAGAAAAAUGAGACGAAGAUACAUUGUCAUUAUUAUUUUUUAUGAAUUAGGAUAUCGCAAUAAACGACUUCAAAUAAUAA